AUGGCCCGCUGCUUGGGGCCCGGGAUGCUGCUGCUGCUGCUGCUGCUGCUGAGGUCCACGAGCUCGGCCGCACGGAACCGCUGCGUGGACGCGGCCGAGGCGUGCACGGCGGACGCGCGGUGCCAGCAGCUGCGCACGGAGUACGUGGCGCGGUGCCUGGCGGGCGGCGCCGGCGGGGCCUGUGCGCGCGCCCGCUGCCGCCGCGCCCUGCGCCGCUUCUUCGCCCGCGGGCCGCCCGCGCUCACGCACGCGCUGCUCUUCUGCCCGUGCGCGGACCCCGCGUGCGCCGAGCGCCGGCGCCAGACCUUCGUGCCCGCCUGCGCCUUCUCCCGGCCCGGCCGGCCGCCGCCCUCCUGCCUCGCGCCCUUAGACGCCUGCGAGCGCAGCGGGGUCUGCAGACCCCGCCUCCUGGCCUUCCAGGCCUCCUGCGCGCCCGCCCCCCGCGCCCCCGACGGCUGCCCGCACCCUCAGGCCUCCCGCUGUCUGCGCGCCUACGCGGGCCUCGUAGGCACCGCGGUCACCCCCAACUAUGUGGACAACGGGAGCGCGCGCGUGGCGCCCUGGUGCGACUGCGGAGCCAGCGGGAAUCGGCGGGAGGAGUGCGAAGCCUUCCGGGGGCUCUUCACCGGGAACCGCUGCCUGGAUGGCGCUAUACGGGCCUUUGACAGCUGGCAGCCCCCAGCCCUGCAGGACCAUCCAGACUCCAGCCAGGACCUUGAGCACAGCCUCCUGCAGGUCUCCUCCACAGUUGGAUCCCUGAAGGGGUGCUCCCUGCUCUCCAUCUCUCUUCCCUGGCUUUCCAGACUCUGCUCUGA